AUGAGUUGUGAUAGAGGAGGAAAUUACAAAAAGAAAAAUGAAGUUGCGGCCCCUUUUUAUGGCAAUUGUACUAUGAAGCUUAUAUGCCCAUUUAGACUGAGGUAUGUUCCUAUUGGCAUUGGUUGGAAAGUGAUGGUUAAAUAUGGGAUGCACAAUCAUAUACUAGAUAAGGAUUUUAUAGGUCAUGACAUAUUGGGCCGUCUAAAAGAUUAUGAAAGAAAAUGUGUGAAUGACAUAACAAAGUACAAUAUGGCAUCAAGGUACAUCGUGUCUGCUUUGAAAGACAAAGACCCGGAAAAUAUCACGAGUAUUACCCAGAUAUACCGAGCUAGAGCAACAUACAAAUUGGGCAAGAGAGGUGCAAUGACAGAAAUGCAAAUGUUAUUGAUCCUUAUUCACCAAGAGAAAUACAUGUGUUGGACUAAAAAUAAGGAGAAUUCAGAUAUUGUGGGUUAUAUCUUCUGGGCACAACCUGACUUUGUCAAGUUGUUGAAUAUGUUUCCUCUGGUGUUGAUUUUUGAUUGCACAUACAAAACAAAUAGGGUGGAGUCUACACAUUGGAGUCUGAAGAACAUCUUGAAGACAAGUUGUGGUGAUUUAUGUGCAAGUUGGGAUGUUGUGAACACAAACUUGAAGUUGCAGCUAGGUUUCAUAAGAGUGUCGUUUCAAAAAAGUAUCGUCAAUAUUGAGCAUCGAUAUAAUGUUAUAUCUGUUUCUGUUUCCAUGAAAAUGAACAUAACAUUUUUCCUGCUUCUUAUAGCUCCACCCCCAUACACGAGUCGUCAUACAAUCAUUGUUGUUGGUUUUGUCGACGGUAACCAUUGGGUUCAAGUAAAGUUGAGACCCGAUUCUCCACUGCCUCCUGACACUGAUCGUUGGAGGAAGAAUUGUUCUAAUGAUGCAAAAGCAUGA